AUGGAAGACCUGUCCAAACAGUACACCAAGCUGCAGGCCGAGCUCACGGAGCUCGUGCGAGCCAGGCAAAAGCUCGAGACGCAGUUCCAGGAGAACAAGAUCGUCAAACAGGAGUUCGACACUCUCGACGACGACGCCAAAAUAUACAAGCUUGUGGGGCCGGUGUUGCUGCCACAGGACAACGCAGAGGCCAAUUUGAACGUGGACAAGAGAAUCGAGUUUAUCAGCGGCGACAUCAAGCGUGUCGAGGAGAAAAUCCAGCAGCACCAGCAGGAUCUAUCCAAAUUACAAGGUGCUAUUAUGAGUGCUCAAAGUGCAUGA